GAGAAUUUCAUUUCGUAAUGCUUAUUUGCAGGAAUCAGAUACGUUUUUUUUAUGCAGCCAAUCAGAAUGGCGUACAGCUGUUUUGAGUUCACAUGUGGAAGCAUAACCAAUCAACGACAGCAUAGACACCUUUCUGAGCCAAUCAGAGUCGUUCAUCGUUUGCAUUCAAAUUGAUUUCCAGAUUUGGCGCCUUAAAAAACAGCGGACGGGACAGCUUUUCUGGAGUAUAUUACGAAAGCGGACACACAACUGAGACAAGAACUGGCGCCGAUCCAAAAGACGCUGGUGUUGUAAAGCCAAAAAUGUUUGCUGUCGAAGGCAAUGAAAACGAUCCUUUCAGGGCUUAUGACAUCUAUGCUUCUAAAAGACCAGAUGAUAUGAAGACCGUUUUAUUUGCGAUCAAUCACACUACAAAAGCCGCCGUAAACACAAAAUCUUGGUGCAGGUCAGCUCGUAUGGGAGUUAAUAACCUCAACUCACUUGUGAAAAGAAUAGCAGAGAAAGUUGGAUUAGAUGCUAAAAACCUCACGAAUCAUAGCGGGAGGAAAAGGAUGAUCCAGAAACUGAAUGACCUAGGCGUGCCUCCAACGCAUAUUAUACAAGGGCACAAGAACGUACAGUCUGAACAACUGCAGCAUACUGUCUGAACGACAACAAAAAGACAUUUCCAAAAUUCUGGUCCUUUGAAGUGCCAGGGCGCCGCCAAGCUAUCAAGUAGAUAUUUCCAACGCUUGAUUCUGAAUGCAAGUAAAACAGUACGGGAGUCUAAAACACAGCAGCCCUUGACUCUUUUCCAAGGCGCUUCAAUUCACGACUGGAACUGUAACAUUUCUGUAAAUUCCUUGAACGAAAGUCCCAUUUUGUCUACAAUCUCCAAGGUCCAAAAAGGCACGCCACUUUUUCAUUGAAUCAAACAGUGACUAUUAAAAAUGAAAUUUUGUCUUAUUUACUUUUCUGUUCUGCACUUUAUUUCGAUGAGGACUUAGGAUGUGCUGCAAGAUUUGCCAU